AUACACACCCAGAGAGCUGCUUCGGAAAGCGUUGGCCUCCACUUUCAUCUCUGUAAUCUCUUAUAAACAGAGCUUCCGCAACACACAUAAACUGUGGUCAUGGCGGACAAGCAGAAGGAAAGUACAAUGGAGGAAACUUCAACAUGGGCAGUUGCGGCGGUGUGCUUCGUGUUGCUUGCCAUUUCAAUCUUCAUUGAACAUAUUCUUCAUGCUAUUGGAAAGUGGCUAAAACACAAACACAAACGAGCUCUUUACGAAGCGCUUGAAAAGAUCAAAGCAGAGCUUAUGCUGUUGGGAUUCAUAUCCUUGCUCCUGACAGUGUUACAAGAUCCCAUUUCUACCAUAUGCAUACCCAAGAGAGUCGGAGCCACGUGGCAUCCCUGUGAAACGGUGAAGAAUGGGACAACCAACAUAGAUUCUGGAGAUUCCGAGGAUUCUGAGGACAGCAAUGGUCGGAAACUGCUCCAAUUUUUGGAUUCUGGCUUCUCUGCUCGUCGGAGAUUAGCUACAAAAGGAUACGACAAGUGCAAAGAAAAUGGAAAAGUUGCCUUCAUGUCUGCAUAUGCGAUUCACCAGCUCCAUGUGUUCAUCUUCGUCUUGGCACUUUUUCAUGUGAUUUUUUGCAUACUCACCCUUGCUUUGGGCAGAACGAAGAUGAGAAGAUGGAAGCUUUGGGAGGACGAAACGAGAACACUUGAAUAUCAAUAUCAUAAUGAUCCAGAGAGGUUUAGGUUUGCAAGGGAAACUUCAUUUGGGCGAAGGCAUAUGAGCUUCUGGAGCAAGUCAACGGUUUCUCUUUGGGUGGUGUGUUUCUUCAGACAAUUCGUCAGAACAGUUACUAAGGUUGAUUACAUUACACUUAGACAUGGAUUUAUCAUGGCACACUUGGCACCAGAAAGUGAAAUAAAGUUUGAUUUUCAAAAGUACAUCAAGAGAUCACUUGAAGAGGAUUUUAAAGUUGUGGUGGAGAUCAGUCCAAUCAUAUGGGGCUUUGCAGUGUUAUUCCUAUUGUCCAAUGCAUAUGGAUGGCAUUCUUCUCUAUGGCUACCAUUUGUACCAUUGUUUAUAAUCCUGUUGGUGGGGACAAAGCUACAAGUGAUAAUUACAAAAAUGGGGCUAAGAAUUCAAGAGAGAGGAGAUGUGAUCAAGGGUACACCUGUGGUACAGCCAGGUGAUGACCUCUUCUGGUUUGGACGCCCUCGGUUCCUUCUCUUUCUCAUUCACUUCGUUCUCUUUCAGAAUGCAUUUCAACUGGCCUUCUUUGCUUGGGGUGUGUAUGAAUUUGGCACAGAUUCUUGCUUCCACGAACGCACUGCAGAUAAGGUCAUCAAACUCUCAAUGGGGGUCAUCAUACAAGUUCUCUGCAGUUAUGUGACUUUGCCACUCUAUGCUCUAGUGACUCAGAUGGGGUCUUCCAUGAAGCCCACCAUCUUCAACGAUCGAGUGGCGGAUGCAUUAAGAAGCUGGCAUCGGACUGCCAGAAAGAACACAAGGCAAAGCCAUCAUCAUUCUGAGACAAAUUCACCAUUUUCAAGUAGGCCGGCCACUCCCACGCACGGGAUGUCCCCUGUUCACCUCCUGCAUAACUAUCAGCACAGUAGCCUCGACAGCUUGCACACGUCUCCAAGAAAGUCAAAUGUUGAGAAUGAUCAUUUAGGCGUGGUGGAGUUGGGAUUCCGUAGGAAACAAAUUAGUGGAGAAGAAGAUUCUUCGCAUUAUUCAUACAAAAAAGAAGAUUCUGUGCACUCUGAGCAGCAGCAAGAGAGGGAGAUUCAAGAGCAAAGCCCAUUGCAAUUGCCGCAAACACCGGGAGCCAUCCGUACCCAACAUGAAGUCAACAUUAGUCUCUCGGAAUUCACAUUUCGCAGAUGAAUAUAUAUAUAUACCCACCAAUAGAGUUUGGAUCAUAGGAGAAUGUUGUUCACUUAUACCACAAUGUACAUUUUUUUUUUGUCCAUGACAUAAC